UGCACCCUUAAUGUUUUGAUUUUGUGCUCCAAGGAUCCAACAUAUUUUGAUAUAGAAUAUAAAUAAAUAAGUAAAUAAUUUAGUGUUGCAGUAGCACUUCAAAUAUAGUUUUUUAAUAUUAUUUAUUAAUACAAUCUUUACAAAUAAAUAACUACACAAAUGUUUAUUCUCGAUGACUAUUAAUGGUUAUAGACGAAAAAGUUCUUUACCAAAUAACCUCAUAUUUCUAUUGAAACAAUUCUAAAAAAUGUUUCUGUAUUAAAAAAACCCCGAAUCGAAAAUAAUUCAAAGAAAUUAAAAAUGAAUUCGAAAGGCAAGAUUCCAGCAAUCAUGCAAGCACAGCAACUGAUAAAAAUUCGUGAAAAGCAGAAUAUCAUCGAACAACAACAAAAGAAAAUUCUUCAGCAACAGCAAUUAAAAGCGGAACGUGAAGCACAAUUGAAACAAAAGAAAGUUCAACAACAACAUGCACCGGUUACGCCAAAGAUUUUGGACUCUUCAACAGCCUUGAAAGUGAUCAACAGUACCGGAAUGUUUCACGAACGAGCGUUAAUGGGCCGCAACGAUAUUUGGCACAAAAUUCAAAUAUCACGUGGUGGUAAGUUCGACGCCGAAUUUAUUCUUAAAAGUAUCUUGAGUGCCGUCUAUCCAGCGGAUUUAAUUCCCGUUCGGUAUCAAACUCUAGGCGAAGACUCUUUCUUUCUCGCUAGAAAUUGUGGUGCCGCUCUCGAAAAAAUGUGUCAGACUAGUUUAAUAAUUAACGACCUACAAGGACAACCGAUCGUUUUGACUGUCACUUUAGGAUUCGCCUCGAUUCACGACAUUAAAAUUAAUAUUCAACCACUUUUAGUCUCUUUGCUGACAAAGCGACACGAUUCUUCGAGGAAAUCCGUGUAUCUCGAUUCUUUUCACAAGGAUAUGGAAUUGUCGAAAACUGUCUAUUGCCCCUUGACCCAAAGUCGAACUUUUUCGCACGUUUUGAAACUUAUCAAAUCUUCUCUGCCUCCGAUCACUGGUCUCAGUUUACGGGAAAACGAAUUGACUACAUUGGCUCCAAUGGAGGUGGCGAAUUUAAAUUCCGUAAAGUCCCUUGAUUUGAGGAACAAUUUCCUUCUGAUGAUCGAAGCCCUCGCACCGUUGAAAAACAUUCCCUUAACGGAGCUAUGGUUAGAUGGAAAUCCACUUUGUGAAAAUUAUUCAAGUCCUGAGAAGUAUGUUGAAGCCAUGAGGAAAUUCUGUCCCCAUUUGGUGAAACUAGACGGAAUUGUAAUUCAGUCCCAUUUGCCUAAUGCUCCGGUUCUCCAUCUCUCGUAUAUGAAACAUACGAAGACGAAAAUACUCGUCGAUCAAUUUGUAACUCAUUUUUUCGCCCUCUACGAUCAGAGGAAUAGAACCGUCCUUCGUGGAAUCUAUCACGAAGAUGCUAUUUUCUCGAUUACAAUUUCUCCAAAUUCCGUGAGUAAAGAACUCAGCAAUUUUUACGGCGACGAUCGAAAUUUAAUAAAGUUGCCUAACCUCGAAGUCUGCAGGAAACGAUUGAUACAAGGACACGACUAUAUUAUUGACAGAAUCUCAAGGUAUCCACCAUCGCAGCAUUUGAGAAAAACUUUUUUCAUCGAUCUGAUGUACGAGGACUCGAACUUUUUGAUGAUUUGCGUCGAGGGUUUAUUCAAGAACUUGGAUUCACUGCAUGGUUUUAAUAGGACCUUUACCAUUGUUCCGGGCGAUGAGCACGAGUACAAUAUUAUGAAUGAUCAGCUUCAUAUUUAUUUUCUACAGCCGGGAAGUGUACUGCCGAAUUAUGGACAAUUUAAUGAAGUCGAAGAAGUUCCGGAUAUUCAAACAACGAGCUUGAGUGAAAAAGAAAAGGAAGAAUUGAUCGAUAUGUUUUGUGAUGUCACCACUAUGAAUGUGAAAUAUUGUCAGAGACAUUUGGAAGAUAUUGGAUGGGAUAUAAGAAAAGCAAUUCAAGAUUUUAUAUAUUUGUAUAAAAAUGGAUGUGUUCCGAAAGAAGCUUUUAUUAAGUAAAGCUAGUUUCCUUUUUAUGAAAAUUAAAUUAUAAACUUAACUACAGUUUUAGAUAUGUUUUGCAAAAUCAAAUUUCAAACUACUGUAAAAUAUAAAUAAAUUUGUAAAUUUUUUUGUA